AUGCUAUCCAUUUCAGUUCUCCAAUGCAGCCGUUAUUUCCUGCUUCCCCUUUACCUGCUUUUCUGCGCUAUGUUGGUCCCCAGGAUUGUGGCCUCUCCAGUGCCAAAUUCCAAUCCUCUGUACCAGUUUGAUGGGCAAGUCCGGCUUCGCCAUCUCUACACGGCCAAUGAACAGAUCCACCUCCACCUGGAGAUCUUCUCAGAUGGCACAGUGCGUGGCUCCAAAUACCAGAACCCCUUCAGUUUGAUGGAAAUCAAAGCAGUGAAACUGGGAAUUAUUCGUAUCAUGGCCAAGAAAACCUCUAGAUUUCUUUGCAUGGAUUCUGAAGGACAUCUAUAUGGCUCACUGUUGUACUCGGAAGAGGCCUGUAAUUUCCAUGAGAUGGUUCUUCGAGAUGGUUAUAAUGUGUACUAUUCAGAGGCCUACAAUCUUCCCAUCAGCCUCAGCAUGAUGGAGAAUUUGGCCCACAGCCGUCAGCUGCCCCCUUUCUCCCAGUUUUUACCUUUAGUUAACAAGGUUCCCCUUGAACCAAUGCUUAUGGACUACGAAUACGUUCAACAGGUGCCUGACAUUGAAUCGCCUGAUCCCUUCAACAUAAUGGGUCAAAAUCAGGGCUUGAGAAGCCCAAGUUUUGCCUUCAGAUAGAGCAAGACAAUGGCUGGGCCAGGGCACAAAGUCAGAUGUUUAGCAGGAUCCUUCCUAAGCUCGGCCAUCUGUGAUUUAUUGCAUUAAUAUGAAGAGUAAAUAUGAGGAAGACAGAUCGGGGCAAAGGAGCAGAACAAUAAAAGGGAUGGAUGUAAUUGACUGAAGCCUUUUGGGAUUCCCAAAUCCCAAAACAGGCACAGAAUUUCUGUUCUGUCUGAAUCACUUCAACUUUUUAGUUUCCCAUUGUUAAACUUGCCGUGUUUUUUUAAAAAACAAAACAAAACCCCAAGGUUUUAUUUCUAUUUAUCCAAAUAUUUAAAUAACUUAUUUAUUAUAUGAGAUUUAUUUAUUGAAGAAAGUUAGAUCGAUAAGGAAGCAGGAAGGGAAGGUAUAAUGUGAAAAACUUUUGUGCACAAAUGUUUAUAUAUUGUUAUUUAUAAGCAACCUUUUAUGUACAUAUAUUUUUCUGCCUGCAUAUUUAUUUCCCUUUCUGGCGAGGACCAGGCAACUGAAUUUUAAAUCUGAAUUGCAGAUAUGAUCAAGAUUUUAUGCCUAAUAUCUAUUUACCUUCCUCUUCUGUGUUUUCCUUUUUGAGUAAUGUUUCUGCAAAAAUUAAUUCAUGAGCCGUAACAAUGGAGGCAAAGAGGUUGGGGCGGCAUGUAAAAACGAGGCAGGCCUUCCAUCGCACCUGCCAUCUUGAAUUUUUUGACCCCCACAGACAUUCUCACAAUGAGGUUUUUCAAUCAGAAAAGGCCAGGUGGUUGUCUCAAAAGUCCCUUUGAAGAGGACCCCAUUUUUAAUUGCCUUGUUUUUUUUUUUUAAAAAAAACUUGUAUUGUGUUUGUAAGCCACCAAAAAAGUUAAAAGAGAACUCUAAUAAGGAAAUGCAAAGUAAAAGGCUACUAUAUUGAUUAUGAAUGUUUAUUUAUUUAUGUUAUACUACAUUGUCAUUAAAAGGACGUGCCUCUGUUGUAUGUGUGUUUCAGCAGCAGCUGUUUCUAGUUAAACAUGUUGCCGUUUUGACAAUUCACUGACUUGACACAAAUCUGCAAAUUGUUGCAUUCUCUUUCUGUUUCUUCAUUAAAAAAAAAAAAAA